AUGUCUCCGCCAACCGACCUCGACACGCUCUACACGACGCUAGUCGACCUGCGGCUAGCCCUACCUGUCGUCUUACUCGCCCUCCUUGGCAUCCGAUGGCUGUCCAAGGCGUUCUUGGCUUGGAUGGAGAGGGUUCAGUCUGGCGGUUGGAUGGCGGAGGAGGACGUCUAUUCGCCGCCUGAGUCCGACGUUGCGACGGCGAGCAAGGCGCAGGACGGCGAGGAAGACGGAGACGACGUCACGCCCGUGGUCGUCAAGGGACGAACAGUUCGAAAGGCCGUCGUCCUCACGCUCGAGGGACUCGUCGCGGCGACGUAUUUUGCGGACGGCGUCGCACAGGUCAUUGCGACGCUUGUGACGUCGCACUUUACGCCGUCGGAUCGCCUGUACGGAAACAUCGUCCCGUACAGCGCAGGAGGACUUGCUGCGUACGCCUUGCUCGGGAUCGGGAUGGCGUACGAGGCCAAGUUGAGCAGGAAGGACCUCGACAUCACGUCCGAGGCGGGGACGUGGCCGACGCUGUACCCGCGAGUCAUCUCGUUCGCGGCCGUGACGGGCGAAGCGGUCAUGCUUGCGACUUUCGCUCGUAUCGUCGUCCGCGACCCUACUAUCGACUCGCGACACGCCAUUCUCCCCAUCAUCCACCUCUCCAUCGCCUCGUUCCGCAUCCUGCUCCUCCUCACCGUCCUCGCCUUCCAGUUCUCCUUCCUUUACCGCUCGACCUACCUUCCCUCGCACGGUGUUCCACCUUCUGAGCGGACAUCCCUCCUCAACGGCUCGACUCCGCUCAAUGGCUACUCCGCCAUCCCCAGCCCGGGCGCACCCUCCGUCCUCCGCGGCACCCGCCUCCCCAGCAACCGCCCACCCGAUCCUAAAUCCCUCUCCAUCCUCACCCUCUUCCAGCGCGUCAAACUCCUCUUCCCCUACCUCUGGCCCUCGCGCUCCUACGUCCUGCAAGGCCUCGCACUCGUCUGCUUCUCCCUCAUGCUCCUCAGGCGAUACGUCAACGUCCUCGGACCGAUCUACUUUGGCCGAAUCAUCUCCGACCUUGCGUACCAGCGCCCGCCGUUCUUCAAUAUCGGCAUCUACGUCCUCAUCCAGUUCUUGCAGGACUCGAACAACAUGCUCUACCGGUAUCUCUGGCUGCCAAUCGAGCAGUACUCUGAGCGCGAGAUGGCUCUCAUGUCGUUCGACAUCCUCCUCAACCUCUCGCUCUCGUACCACACCAAGCGACGAACAGGCGAACUCCUGCGCAUCCUCUCCCGCUCAGAAGCAAUCAACGACUUCUUCGAACUCCUCCUCUUCUCCUUCGUCCCGGUGCUCAUCGAUUUGCCCGUCGCUUUCGUCGUCAUCUCGGUACGGUACGGAGCGACGAUUGUUGCGGUGGUCACGUUCGUCUCCGCCAUCUACGUUGCCACGUCUGUCACUCUCGCCGAGUCGCGCACCAAGCUCUACCGCAAGCUGCGGGACGAGUCGCAGUUCAUGCACCAGCUCAAGAGCGACGUCCUCUUCAACUGGGAGACGGCCAAGAUUUUCACCAGCGAGGCGUUCGAGAUGAAGCGUCUCCGAGACGCCAUGUGGCGCUACCAGAAGGGCUACUUCCGCGUCUACUCGAGCUGGAACUCGCUCUCGCUCUUGCAGAACUCGAUCACCGCCUUCGGACUUCUUGUCUGCUCGUUCAUCCUUGCGCAACGGGUCGUCACGGGCGAGAUGGACGUGGGAAACUUUGUGGCCUUCGUUAGCUACCUCAAUGCGCUUUACUCGCCGCUCAACCAGAUCAGCUCGCUUUACCGCCGAGUCAUGAACAACGCCGUCGACACCGAACAGCUGAUCGACCUCCUCAACGAGGAGCGGGAGAUCAACGACCGACCGGGUGCCAUCGACCUCGAGAUCGACCCGUCCGUCGGCGCCGACAUCGAGUUCAACGACGUCCGCUUCAGCUACGGCAAGGAGGCGACGAACUCGGCGGACGAAGUCGAGGUGCUCAAGGGUAUCACGUUCAAGGUCCCGCGAGGCAAGAGCGUCGCGCUUGUUGGACCGUCGGGCGGCGGGAAGAGCACGAUUACCCGGCUGUUGUUCCGCUUCUACGACGUCAAGAGCGGGUCGAUCAAGAUCAACGGCACCGACGUGCGCGACUUGACGCAGCGGUCUCUCCGCGCUCAGAUCGGCCUUGUCCCGCAGGAGACGGUCCUCUUCAACUCGUCCGUCCGGAUGAACAUCGCCUACGGCGGCAUCAACAGGCUCGACGAGCAGGGCAUGGGAGGAGAGGACUUGACGAUGGAGAAGGUCGUCGAUGCGGCCAAGGCGGCAGCGAUGCACGACCGGAUCAUGAGCUUCCCGCAGCAGUAUGAGACGCUUGUGGGCGAGCGAGGCAUGCGGUUGUCCGGCGGAGAGAAACAGCGAGUCGCGAUUGCUAGGACUCUGCUCAAGGACCCCCCGAUCCUCAUCCUCGAUGAGGCCACUUCCGCUCUCGACACCUUCAACGAGCGCAUCGUCCAGGCCCGCCUCCGCGAGCUCUCGCAGGGCCGCACGACGCUCACCAUCGCUCACCGCCUCAGCACCAUCAUCGACAGCGACAUCAUCAAUGUGCUCAAGGAGGGCGUCAUCGUCGAGAGCGGUUCUCACGCCGAGCUGCUCGAGCUGGGAGGCGUGUAUGCCGAGCUGUGGAAGAAGCAGAUUGAGGGACAGACGCCUUCCGUGCCAGCUUCCGUCGCGGCAACGCCGAACGGCGCCGCCAGCCAGUCUCGAGCGGCCUCGCCUACCCCGCCCGCCGUCGACACGCCCGAGACGGCGUCGUCGGUAGCAACUUCCGAGCCGACGGCGCCCUCGACAGGCGCAAGCAGCGGCGUGAACGGGUCGAGCGGAGGAGGGAAGAAGCGCAAGGGUGGGAAGAAGCGGCGGUAG